GUGGGCCUAGGGUUUGCUUUUCCUCUUCUCCGGCAGUUCGACUUCGCUUGCUUCGCGUGAGAGGUAAAAUUUUGAACUAGUCGCUAAAAAACUUCUUCGCCUCCUUCGACGACGUUCCUUCCUGUCGGAUCGGAAGUCACGACAGCUCGGCGUUCGUCUGCUGGAUCUGAAGUGACGAAGACGGGAGGGAGCUCUCUCGUUGCUAAGGUAACAUUUUAUCCCUUUUGCGCGCUUCGUCGGCCAAAUCCGGUAAAUCCGCCGAACUCCGGGAUUUAACCCAAAAAGUGGUAACGGCGGAUUUAUUCCGCCGUCAGAUUUAUGCCGCAUCGAAGUCCUGUUUGGCAGGAUUUACGCUAAAUACUGCUCAAAUCCUCCGUAAGUUCGGUUGCCAAACAUCCCCCAUGCAUAAAAGUAGCAGGCAUAAUAGGAGCGAAGAACUUACAUCUUCAGCGAAUUUCUUGGAUGAAGGUAUGUCUUGUUCAGAAAACAGGGCUACUGAUGGGGGUUUUAAGGAAGGUAGGAAAUAUAAGGAGGAGCAUAAGAAAGAAAAGAAAAAAAGCAAUCAAAAGGGAAUUACUGAGUUCAACUCUUUGAAGAAUGCCUCCGAUGAAGAAGGCGCAAAUUUGGAAGAUGAGAUUAUCCUUGGUGGUCCCAUGCAAAUUGAAAAGGAUAAGAAGAGGCAUAAAAAGAAAAAGGGGAAUUAUAAGGAGAAUGAAAAUUCCACAACAUUCACUGAGAACUGCAACUGGGAUGAAGCUAAAGAGCAGGAUAAAAAAAGAAAAAGGGAAGGUUAUUUUCUAGAGCAUGAACUGGAUAAGGGUAGUUCAAAGAAAAUGGCCAAGGAUGCAUCAAAGGAGGCAUAUAAGGUUAUUUCUGGAGGUAAUGCUGAAGAGCUUCUGUCAAGAGCACAUUUAAGCAAUAAGGAUAAAAGGAAGGAGAAGGAAAAGGAAUAUUUAGCUAGUUGUACAGAACUAACACCUGCAAUGACAACCAGAAAAGAGAAAGGUGAUCAAAGAAGCACUUCCUCAACAACUAAAAAUUUUGAAAAGAGCAAAUCAGAUAUGAACACACUUAAUACUGGAAAAGGUUGCAGCAUUAAUGAGUCAUAUAAUUGUGAAUUAAAGAAAGAUACAAAAAUAGGUAAAAAGGAAGUAAGCUUUUCUGAUAAAGUUGAGUUCCCACUAGCUCAGUUUAUUAAUGAAAAUUUGGGUCCGGAUAAUUUGGUGUGGGGCAAGCGUUUCACACCAGAGGAAGACGAAUUGAUCAGGAAUGCUGUCAUGGAUUAUAUAGAGGCCAAUCAAUUGGGAGAACAGGGUUUGCGUAAGGUUCUUCAUAGUCGUGAUUAUAGAAGAGAAGUCAAAGGUUGCUGGAAAGUCAUUGCCGCUGCUCUGCCUUGGAGGCCAAGUAUAAAUGUAAGCAUGCGAGCACGUAUUUUAUUUGAGAGAAGUGAAGAGCGCAAAUGGAAGCCUGAAGAGCUUGAACUUAUCAAAAGAUAUCAUGCAGCACAUGGACCAAAAUGGAAGGAAAUGGCUGAUAUGCUUGGGAAAAGUAGAGUUCAUGUAAAAGAUGCUUGGCGAAGGAUAAGGUUGCCAAAUCGAAAGCUAGGUAUGCUUGCUUGUUAAACAACAAUGUGUUUU